AUGGCCAACCAAACCCCAGCCGUUGUCAUGGACAACGGCACGGGGUUUUCGAAACUAGGUUUUGCCGGAAACGACUCCCCCUCCUUCGUCUUCCCGACAGCGAUCGCGACUAAGGCCGCCGCGGGUGGCGGUGGUGGUACAGGUGCCGGACGCCCCGCGGUAGCGAACAAACCGUCGUUCCUCACCGGCGGGGCUGGGCCGACGGGUCACCUUUCAGGGAAACGCGGGACGGAGGACCUCGACUUCUUCAUCGGCGACGAGGCCGUUUCGGCUUCAUCGGGGCCGGGAUAUGGGCUACACUAUCCGAUUCGGCACGGGCAGAUUGAGAACUGGGAUCACAUGGAAAGGUUCUGGUCCAACUCGAUCUUCAAAUACCUCCGCGUCGAGCCCGAGGACCAUUACUUCCUCCUUACCGAACCGCCCCUAAACCCGCCUGAGAACCGCGAGAACACCGCAGAAAUCUUUUUCGAGUCCUUCAACUGCGCCGGUCUGUACAUUGCGGUCCAAGCCGUCCUGGCGCUCGCUGCCUCGUGGACAUCUUCCAAGGUCACGGACCGGUCGUUGACGGGUACGGUCAUCGACUCCGGUGAUGGUGUGACCCACGUCAUCCCCGUUGCUGAGGGUUACGUGAUCGGCUCAUCGAUCAAAUCUAUUCCCAUUGCCGGUCGCGACAUCACCUACUUUGUCCAGUCACUGCUCCGUGACCGCGGCGAGCCCGACUCGUCCCUCAAGACGGCGCAGGAGAUCAAGGAGGAGUACUGCUACGUUUGCCCGGAUAUCGUCAACGAGUUCGGCAAAUACGACCGCGACCGCAGUCGUUUCCUGAAGCACGUGGUCGCGCAGCCGGGUGGCCGUCAGGUCAACGUCGACGUGGGUUACGAGCGCUUCUUGGCGCCCGAGAUCUUCUUCAACCCAGAAAUUUACUCGUCCGAUUUCCUGACGCCGCUGCCCGUGGUCGUCGACGGCGUCAUCCAGUCAUCGCCCAUUGACGUGCGCCGCGGCCUGUACAAGAACAUUGUCUUGUCGGGCGGCAGCACGUUAUACAAGGACUUUGGCCGCAGGUUACAGCGCGACAUAAAGCAGCUAGUUGAUGCUCGUAUCCGCCAAAGUGAGGUGCGCAGUGGAGGUGCCAAGAGUGGCGGGUUGGAGGUCCAGGUCAUUACCCACAAGAGGCAGCGGCACGGGCCCUGGUUCGGCGGCAGCUUGCUCGGCCAGACACCCGAGUUCCGGUCCUAUUGCCACACCAAGGCCGAGUACCAAGAAUACGGGCCCGGCAUCGUGCGGAGAUUUGCGCUCUUGGGCGGCCCCGGUGGUUCGUAA